UUUGUUUUUAUUUAUUCUCAUAUUAGGUAUUGAUCUAAUAGUCUAUCUACGAAAAAUAUGAGUUGUAGUGAAUCAGAAGUUCUCAAGCUAGAUAUUCUUGAGAUUUGCCAUAAACUUCCUUCAACAGCAGAUCUUAUUGAGUUUUUAAAAGAAAAGGAAAAAAAGCUUCCUGCAGUAGUUAACAUUUUUGCUAUUUCUUCUAAUUUAUCUGAAUCAGAAAAAAAGGAUAAAGAGGAUUUGGAGCUAUUAAACUUAUUUAUUAAUUUGCUUAGCUCUGUUCAAAUUUACAAUGGAAGGUCUGAUUCUGAAUGGCCAAAUAUUAGCAAACCUAAAGAAGUUGUAGACUACAUGAAACUGAAGUGCCAAACUUUUUUUGAUCUAAUUACAAAAAGAAAACUUUUGGCAAUGAUUUUACCUGAAGAAUCUCAUGCAAAUAAUCAUUUUGAAGAUACUUCUACUAUCGUUGAUAUUCAUAUAAGCAUUCUGGAAAAAUUAUUUAAAAGCCUUCAAUUUCCAUCCAGUACCAUAAGCGAAUUGGAUACAAUUCUCUCACUUCUUGUAAAUCAGUUAAACUCACUUAAUCUUAAUUGGCAAGAAACAAAACAAAAUCUUACCUUCUAUUCUAAUACCUUUUAUUUUGACUCUAAUGGAGCCAAAUUGCGUGCACUACACUUAAUUAUUGAUAAUGAAUCAUGGAGUAUUUUUAUUGAAAAAACUUCAACUAAACAGGAGAAGUUCAUUAUGGAUUAUUUUAGUUUUGUAUUUACUUUCAAUAAAACUGCAAUGAAUAAGAAUAGAGAUUUUAUAAAUGAGACGAUUGACAAAAUUACAGGAGAUGCUAGAAAAGAAAUAGAAGAUAUUCUUAAACCUGAAUAUGUAAAUCCUACUACAGAUAUUCUUGUAGAGAAGGAUAAAUAA